UAGAGCUUCACUUUGAGUGCAUGGAUCUGCGGCAACAAGUAAAUUACAGUGACCUUUGUCAAACCAACAAAACAGAUGAAACUUUGAUGAUGACCUUCAUACUAGUCAUGGAUGGAAUAAUUCUGGCAAGUGGCCUGGUGGGGCAAAUCUUGGUCAUAGUCAUCCUUACUGGCAGGAGGAGGAGAGAUAGUCAGCCCCAGCAUCGUACUGACAUCUUGUUGUUGGCUUUGAGUGCUGCAGACCUGCUACUGCUGUUUUGCCUGCCCUUCCACACCUCUGCCAUCGGCCUUGGCUACUGGCCUUUUGGGAACAUCUUAUGCAAAGUCAUCAGCUUCCUUGGUGUCGCCUGCUCAGUUGCCUCAGUCUUCACACUUGCAGCUUUGGCCGUGACACGCUACCUGACUGUGGUACACCCAAACUGGGCCUACCGUUCUAGAAAACACCAUCGCCUAAAGCUGUCAGUCGCUCUGCUCUGGCUCCCUGCCUUAGCUUUGGCCUCGCCUCAGUUUGCUAUCCGCAGAGUUAGCGUGUCUAGCGCUGUGUCCUGCUUUGCUUUUUUGUCAACAGCUAGCCAAUUUGUCUACAGCCUUGCCCUUUUCUUGUUUGGCUUUGCAAUACCCCUGGGUAUCAUUGUGAUGAUGUACACCAAGAUCUACUGUUUUCUUCGGCAUGCACGCAAGCUUGGCAAUGCCCCUCAGCUGGAACGCUACCAGAGACAGGUCACUCACACUUCAGCUCUCCUAGUUGUGGUCUUCACACUCCUCUGGCUGCCAUCCUACAGCCUCAUGUUCUCCUUAAUAGGAGGAACUGUAUCAGUAUCACCAGCCUACCGUACCAUUGCCAUCAUAGCCAGACUGCUGGCAUCGCUGGCAGCUGUAGUAAACCCCAUUCUAUAUGGCUUUAUGUCUCAGAGGUUUAGACAUGAAUUACUGCAGCUGGGGAGAGCGCACUGGACAUGGUGCAAAACCCAUCUGAUUGGAUGCUCUAACAUGGUGCAGCCCUUUGAACUGGACACACCUUCAGAGAGAGGGCAAAACUGA